CAAUUGAGACACUUAUAAUAUACACAAGACUGUUACAAUGGGUGCCGCUUACACUAUUUUAGGAAAACAAGUUCCAGCUCAUAUUCUUUCAAUUGCUACUUUAUCAGCAGUUGCUGCAGGUACUACAUGGUCACUCAUGGGUCCAAAGACUGAAGCCAAGGCUGCUCCUGUUGCUCCAGUUUCUCAAUCCAAGGAAGAAGACUUUGAUUUUGAAAAGAUUUUCAAUGACUUAACCAAGGAAGAAGCCAAGUAAUUUCAUCAAAGUGAAAUACACUUUUAAUAGAUAUUUAUAAAAUAAAUAUAAAUAUAAAUAUUUUGAUUUG